CAAGUUUUCUGAUGUAUUUGCUUGCACCUUCUUCCCCUGCUGUUUGGUGAACCCAGCCCCCUUCUCCCCCCCCCACCGGUCUCCCAAGGAUGGAUCAUUCCCAGUGCCUUGUGACUAUAUACGCCUUCGUGGUUCUGCUGGGUCUCCGGCUAGAGCAAGGCGCCUGCCAGCACUAUCUGCACAUCCGACCGGCUCCCAGCGACAACUUGCCCUUGGUGGAUCUAAUCGAGCACCCGGACCCUAUCUUUGACCCCAAGGAGAAGGAUCUUAACGAGACCUUGCUAAGGAACCUCAUGGGCGGACACUUCGACCCUAACUUUAUGGCUAUUUCCUUGCCUGAAGACCGGCUUGGGGAGCUGGACUUGCUGCUCAGGCAGAGACCCUCGGGAGCGAUGCCCAGCGAAAUCAAAGGGCUGGAGUUCUACGACGGGCUGCAGCCGGGCAAGAAGCACAGGCUGAGCAAGAAGCUGCGCAGGAAGCUGCAGAUGUGGCUCUGGUCCCAGACCUUCUGCCCGGUCCUAUACACGUGGAACGAUCUCGGCAGCCGCUUUUGGCCCCGGUAUGUCAAAGUGGGCAGCUGCUACAGUAAAAGGUCUUGUUCAGUCCCAGAAGGCAUGGUUUGCAAACCUGCCAAGUCCGUGCAUUUAACGAUCCUGAGGUGGAGGUGCCAGCGCCGGGGCGGGCAGAGGUGCACAUGGAUACCCAUCCAGUACCCCAUCAUUUCGGAGUGCAAGUGCUCCUGCUAGGGCUUGCACUUACCUUUUCUCGCCCCUUCUCCAGCGGACUCACGUGGACCUUUGCUGCAACAGAAAUAAAGACAUUUGCUUUCUGGUUAACGUUGUAAUGCACUGUAACGUGUAGGAGAAUGUAUAUUGUGUGUAUAUAUGGCACCGUUUUAAUAUACUAUUAAAAGGUCAGUAUUAUACGUGAAAUAAUCAGCGUCUACUGUAUUUUUAAGACUAUUACCCUGA